GAGAAUUCGCUUUCGAGUCCCGCUCUUCUUCCUACCACUACUAUCCACUCCCGCUUUCCAAACCCAACCAACCCGUCGAAUAAUGUCCGCUGCUGUCACGUGCUACAAGUGUGGUGAGGCCGGCCACAUGAGCCGCGAAUGCCCCAAGGCUGCCGCAUCCCGCUCUUGCUACAACUGCGGUCAGACCGGCCACAUGAGCCGCGACUGCCCGAGCGAGCGCAAGGCGAAGUCGUGCUACAACUGCGGCUCUACGGAGCACCUGUCUCGCGAGUGCCCGAAUGAGGCCAAGACUGGCGCUGACACGCGCACCUGCUAUAACUGCGGUCAGACUGGCCACAUGAGCCGCGACUGCCCGAGCGAGCGCAAGGCGAAGGCGUGCUACAACUGCGGCUCUACGGAGCACCUGUCCCGCGAGUGCCCUGACCGCCACUAG